UGUGGGAAAACUGAAAGUCAUUGUGGACAGGUUGUCCUAUCCCACAUCUAAAACAGUUUCUUUUGUUAAAAACGACUAAUACAGAAGAUGAGAUUCAGUACUUUCAUUUUGUGGGAAGUCGAAUAAGUAUCGUUUAACAUAAAACCAGCCAUUCCGGUUUAAAUUUCGUGUUUGCAUUUUAACAUGAGUGUGUUGCUCAGAGCAGGAUGCACUUCAGAGAGACUCUGCUGGAGUCUGAUCGUCUCGUGCAUCAGCUGUGAUCAUGUUGUGUUUUUGGGGAGCGCAGGUCAGAGAGGGUUUUGAGCUGGUAAAGCCUGACCAAGUCAAACAUGGCAAAUGUGGAUUACGAUCCUUAUGUCCGAAAACUGCAGUUCAGGACAUGUCAGCUGGCAGGAUUUUUGCUGGAUUUAUCCGGGAUGGGAAGGUCUCGGUCCUGAGAUUGCGCAGUGAAGACUAUGAUCAUGAUGGAAAACUAAAGCAACUACAGCUAAAGAAUAAAAUCAGACUGAUUGUCUGUGGAGCAGAUGAUGCGGUGCUUCUUUCUGAUUCAGGAAAAGUUCUCAUUAUGGACAAAUCUACUGUGUGCAAGCCUCUCAAAGGUCUGGAAAACAGGCAGGUGAUUCAGAUCGCAUGUGGAGACCAUCAUUCUGUGGCACUAACUAACGAUGGUCAGUUGUUCGUAUGGGGUGAUAACUCUCAUGGUCAGCUGGGUUUAGAGAAAGAUCAUCCCGGCUCUCCGUCUGCUCAACAUGUUCAGAGUCUGAGUGGGGUCCCGCUGGCUCAGAUCAGCGCUGGAGGAGACCACAGCUUUGUGUUGUCUCUCUCUGGAGUCGUGUUUGGAUGGGGAAAGAACUCUGCUGGACAGCUGGGCCUCGGAGACACUACAGACAGACACGUCCCAACGGUUGUAAACAGUCUGAACCGGAAGAAAACUGUGUCUAUCUCAUGUGGAGGGGAACACACUGCCACUUUAUCAAAGGGCGGCACAGUGUUCACAUUUGGAUCUGGAGGUUCUGGUCAGCUUGGGCACAAAUCAUUUAGAGAUGAACAUCAUCCGCGGGUGGUUGCUGAACUGUGGGGGUCUGAAGUGUCACAGGUCACAUGUGGGAGACAUCACACACUCGUAUCAGUCACAUCGUCAAAGAUGAUCUACUCAUUUGGAUGUUGGAUCCAUGGGAAGCGGGGAAAUGGCAAAAUGAUCAAGAAGUUUGUGCCUUUCCCUGUGGAUCUGUCAACACAAUAUAAUCAUGACUAUACGAUUGAAAAACUCGUUGCUGGGGAGAAUCAUUCAUUUGCCUUGUUUUUCAAAGAACUUGGUAAUGAGUCUGCGAUGUCUAAACCCAAUCCUAGUAGAGGGAUCGUGACAUUAAAUGAGAGAAUGAUUGACCGCUGGGUGUCUGAAAGAGACUCGUGGGUAACAAUAAAGAGGGAAAUAACAAAAGUGUUCUCCUCUGCUGCCUGUUUGAAUGGAAGUUUUCUCAAAGCAAGAUGUGUAGCGUCUAUUUACUUUUUUGUUUACUUUCACAAACUUAGAGAACUAAACUGUAGACAACCUGAAAUGCCUUUAAUUUGUGUAUCUCAGGUAGUGAAGGUGGUUGAACAGAUGCUGCGUUCUCUGAAUCCAAAUCCAGUUGGUGUGGAAUCGCUGAGAAUUUACUUUCUCGUCCCUGAGCUCAUCGGACGUAUCCAGAAACAACAAAGAACUGAACUCACCGAAGCUCUGGCCUCCAAAAUCCUUCAGCUGGAUGCUGAUUCUCACAAGGUGUUAGAGAAGUACUGGUCCAAACUCCCUGAUGAUCGGCUCAAAAGCCUGGUGAAGAUAUUUCGUAAAGCAUCUGCUGAGCUGAUUGGCCAGAUUUCUCGUGGUAAAAUCAAUCAGGAUAUACACUUGGAGAAGUUUUUAAAGAUCCUUCAGAUGAUCUAUAAGGUCUGCUGCAGUGCUAACAGAGACAUCCCAAACAGGGAUUUCAUCAUUCAUGAGAUCAAUGAUCUACUAGAUACGCUGCAAGCCACCAUGGCAUACCUGGAAGACUGCAAUGAUGUCUUGGAUAUAGCUUUUAAAAGUUACUACAUUAGAACUAUUAAAAUAUUAUUCAAGUUCCCUUUUGCGGCUGAUACUGCAUCUAAAUGGAGAAUGUUUCGUUACCUGAGGAACGAAUGGAUACAGAGCAUUCCAGACUUAUUCAUAUAUAAUGACAAUACCAACAUGUUGCGCAUAAACAGGGAAUCAUUGUUGACGGACACACUUGAGUAUCUCAGACAAAACAUCCACUCAUAUUUCCAUCGAUUGGAGGUGGUGUUCAUUGGGGAGAAUGGAGUAGAUAUGAGGGGUUUAUCGGCAGAAUUUUUCUCCCUUCUUUCCCAGUCUCUUCUGAAAUGGGAGAACAAGGUGCUGGAAGUCCAUGAGAGUUCACUGGUUUGGUUCAAUCCUGAUGACAUGCAAGCUAAUAGAGAUUUUUACUAUCUCGGUGUUAUCUGUGGAAUGGCGCUGUACAACCAUCAUUAUAUAAACAUUGACUUCCCACUGGCCUUGUUCAAGAAACUCCUCCAGCAGAGUCCCACUCUGAAUGAUCUGGAGGAACUAUCUCCUGUGGAGGCCAGAAGUCUGAAAAGCCUUCUUGAGGAGGACGAGGACGAGGUAGUGGAUAUGCUCUUUUUGGAUUUCACGGUCAAAGGGCAAGAGCUCAUUCCAAAUGGAAAUCAGAUUCCAGUGACCAAAGUUAAUAGGCAGAAAUACGUGGAUUUGUAUGUCGACUUCGUUUUCAACAAGUCAGUAAAAAGUCAGUUCGAGCAUUUUUCAGAAGGUUUCUCUAAGGCCUGCCCGUUCGAUGGCUGGAGCAUGUUCCACCCCGAGGAACUCCAGGAGCUUCUCCACGGCUCCCCUAAAUACGAGUGGAAGGAGCUUCAGCAGUGUGCUUCCUAUGAAAAGUGCUCUGCCUCUGAUGAGCUCAUCAAGAACUUCUGGACUGUUUUCUUUGAGUUAUCUGAAGAGAACAAGAAGAAGUUUCUGAUUUUCUUGUAUGGGACGGACCGUGUACCUGUGGGAGGUUUCUCAAAGCACUCUCUGAAGAUUUUACUGUCAGACUGUCCUGAUGCAGAUGACCGACUGCCAGAGGCCCAGACCUGUUUUGGCAUAUUAAUUCUUCCCAAAUACAGGGAUAUCAACACACUUCGUGACAAGCUUAUACACGCAAUCAGCUUUUGUGAGGUUUUUGGACGAGAGUAAACUUCCCUUGAGGUUCCAACCCCAAAAUAUAUGAAGUCAAGCAUAUGUUUCUAAACUUUGUAGCUUAUUAGUUUUAAAUGUUGCUGUUAUUCAGUUUUGCCUGAUUUUCUUUCAUUUUCAAUAUAGAUGUUACUCUUUUGUUUAAUGUGGUCACAUUAUUUUUGUAAAUUUAUAGUUGUCAUAAAAACUGUAAAAGAAAUUUUAGGCUAAAUAAUCACAAUAUGAAAGCUACACAUUUUCUAUUUUAUAUGUAGCAUUAAAAAUAAUGACCUUUCAUUGUUUAUGCUUACAGCUGGAAGAAUAACUUAACUAAAGCACUUUCUAAUUUUUAAUAUUAUAUAAUAUAAUGUAUUAAUAUGUGGAUAUUCUGGUAUGUCAACUUUAUAACCUGUUAUUGAUUGUUUCUUCAACCAUAUUUAAUUGCUUCAAUAAAAAUACAUGUUUUA